CGCGAGUUUCCUCUGCUUCUACGUUUCUCUGGUAUUUCGUACCCUCACCAUACGGUACCUGGAAGCCUUUCGAAGCUGGCUGGACUCAUGGAUAGACUGCGAUUUCCAGCAGUCGCCAGAGAAUGCGUCCUUUUUCUAAUCGUAAUACGAAGAAGCUUAGAAUAGCGUCGACACAACCUGAAAGCUUCUAGUCCACCAGUGUAUGACUGGCUGACUGGCAUAUCCUAAACGGAGCGCGACUUCCUUGUUUUCUUCUUUGACAAAGCACGUGGACUCGGUAAACGACAUAUGGAUUGCAAACUAAAUGUCGAUCUCGUGCUCACCCAAAUCUCUUGUUACACCGAUUCCCACUUGUGACAAUGACCGUCCAAGGUCUGUUGGCGAUGAACAUGGUUUUUCCCGAGUUUCAUACAUUUCACUUGAUAGCCUUGGCUCCAAGAUUCUUGGAAUCUUAUCUAUCACUCACGGUCAGAUUGCCAAAACAACACGAGGAGGGAGGGAGAGGGAGAGAGAGAGAGAGAGAGUCAAACCACAUACUCCGUCAGAGUGGAUCUAAUGCGUGGCUUUCGAAAGUAUUAUAUGAUUUUUGGAGCUGAAAUUAGGGCACAAAAACUUACUAAUCUAUUAGAAGCUCCAGGAGGCACCCACCACCACCAUGUUGUUGUGGCGAUGUUUUCAGUCGAGUGUAGACGGAGUGGUUCCUGCUGUGGAAUCCAGCACGUUCCUUUUUGGAAUAAACGAGCAACUUGAGUAUGAUUAAAAUGAUGCAUUCCUAAUGCAAGUACUGUACAUCGACGUAGACCUGGUUGGUAGAGGGGAUUAUGAGGAGCCUGGAGAGGAAGUGCAUCUGACAGCGAUCCAUAACGUUGACGAGCAUUUGAAAACGAAGCACAGGGAAUUGACGCAGUGAUAAUAAAUGGUCACUUGCCCGCAUGUUGCCAACCAUGGCAAAUAUGUCAAUGUAGGGAAUACUGGAGUCUCGAAAGUCAAUUUCUGUUCUGACCUUUCUCUCUGGCUGCUUGGUGAAAUGUCCGUGAAGCUGCCACUUGCUACGCCGGAAAACGUGGUGCGGUGCCAGAGGGCUCUCAUCCCGCAUAGCGUGUAUGAGAGCGAGAGGGAUAGCGUCGAGCGAGAUUCAGGACGAGCUCGGGCACGCCCCGGAUAGAGAUGCUCCGGGGAGGAUUUGACGCGACAGUGCGAGUUAUGCUCUCUACAGGAAAGAGUAAUCCUCAAAUAUGAGCCGUGUGGUGAAGUCAAACGCUCAAAAAGGUGAAAGUCAUGGUAUGUUAUCGCAACAACAGUGCAGGGCUACGGACUAUUGUGGGGAGGUGCUACUGCUCAUGCAUCUUCCACGAGAGACUUCAGCUCACAGAGCCUUGGGAUUUUGUACUGGCUCGUCAGAAGUCGAUGGCUGCAAUUGGGCCAGCUGCUUAUAUUUCGCGUUCUCAAGCAAGAUACCGCCCAUUGCUGCUCACUCCUUCCUUAAUUAAAUUUAGUCUGCGGAGUACAGAUGGAAGUGGAUGGCAGUCAUCGGAGUGGCUGAUUGCGCGUUCCCCAUCGUCAAUGCAUGCUUGGUAAAUGUUCAGGUGUGAUUGCUUGAGGUGAACCUGACGAGAGUGGAGGGAAUCAGCAUCAAUCGGUUCGAACUCGAGCAUCUCGUCAACUUUCCAGAACAUUAUUGUCCUUUCUGCUCAAUCGACAAGGUUUUCGUGGUGAGCUCCGAUUUAGUACAAAAUCAGCGGCUCCUAUUUAUUCACUUCUUCCCUUUCCAAUCUCAUCCAUAGAGAGCAGUGCACUCUAUCCCCUCAUCCCUUACCCGAAAGGUAUCACAUGGAUUCUUGUUCUGCAUGUGAUGGUGGGCAAUCGGUACUGAGAAUUCUCUUUUUUUUUAAAUUAUAGCUUCACUUCGCCUCACAAACCAUUUACAGCCGUGUGUGAUAAGCCAAGUGUAUUAUGUCAUCG